AUGCCACGGAAGUCACCACCCUAUAAAUCCGGUCUGCCCUACUUCAAACGCGACUGCGAAGCCUACUUCCCCACUAAUGCCUCGACCGUUACAUGGAGCCGCGCCGAGCAAAACAACACGGUCAACACGUUAUGGUAUGGUAGUCGGAUUAUCCGCGAUUACUACAACGCGCGGAUCGGGCGACGAGAAUUAUUUGGUCUACCAACACCAAACCCCAUACCAGAUAACCCGUUCAAUGCGAGCGACGUCACGUUUGCGCGCACAAAUAAGAGUAUGCCGACGUAUCGUGAUGGAUUGGGAGGAACGGAGCCGGCGUGGGUGAAUGCUCCAGCGGGAUUCGGCGCGCUUGCGAUGACUGUGCCACCGCCCGCUGUGGUCGUUGCUGGCCCUGUUGCAGCGCCUGUUCGUGCCGUUACAGUAUCGCAACCACGGCCAGUGAACCGAUAUCCCUUCAACUUCUGGCCACCUAAGCCGUGGGAUGCGGAGCCAGAUGAUGCGACCUUAGGCAUGACCAUAAAAGCCAUCAAGUCUAAAGAAGAGCCCGAGAAUGCGGAGUCGGCUUGGCCACCAAUCACGCAUCUCGAUAUCUCGUUGAGCAACAUCUUCCUGGAGCCAGCGGCUGACGAUGCUUAUCCAAACUGUGUCUUGAGCGACUUUGGUAUGGCAAUGUAUGAUCUGGAGCAGAGUGAUCCCGCAGUGAGACCCUCAGACAACCCUCAGGAGUACGUGCUCGGACACACCAGUUGCAAGUACCCUCCCGAGCAACAACUUGCACGAGGCACUCCGCCUGACUUGACACCUUUGAAUGAGAAGUCAGAUGUUUGGAGUAUCGGAGCCGCAGUCUGGUAUAUGAUUGCGAAUCGCUCGGUCGCUGGUCCGCAGCGCGAACUGCAUUACUCGGAGGACAUGCCGCAAAACGUGAACAUUGGCGAAGCGGAUCAUGGGCGACUAGACGAGCCCGGGGCGAAACCGUUUGAAGGUUUGGGCUUUCCGGCGCUGAGCAAAUACUCGGAAGAGCUGAGGUCGUUGGUUGCGCGCUGCAUGAACUGGGAGCAAGAGCAUCGGCCAGAUCUAGCAACAUUGAGGGCCAAGAUCAAUGCGUAUCUGGCAAGCCACCCGAAAGUGAAGGAUAGCAGAGACUUUGGGCCGCUGAGAAUGUCGAAUCUGGAACAAGGACUGGGGAUUGGAGACACAUUUGUAAGAAAGAGGCGAAAACCGGUCGCAGGAAAGCAAGCCCGUAAAAGGCGAAAGGAAGACGAAGAUAAUAGUGAAGAGUGA